AGCUGCUUUAUAUGGUUUCCAUCGUUCUUGCUGUGGUAAAUGUGUGAGACCUGUGACAGUUGCAAUUAUUUAAGCGAUGCUUGAUGUUGAUAGAUGGAUAGAUAUCGCGAAAGAAUGCAAGUAUUUGCCAGAAAACGAUCUAAAGAAACUGUGUGGCAUUGUUUGCCGGCUGCUGUUGGAAGAAUGCAACAUUCAACCUGUCUCCACACCUGUCACUGUGUGUGGAGACAUUCAUGGGCAGUUUUACGACCUUGAAGAGUUGUUCCGAACAGGGGGGCAGGUUCCUGAAACAAACUACAUAUUCUUGGGGGACUUUGUAGACCGAGGCUACUACAGUUUGGAAACAUUUACUCGUCUUCUGACCCUCAAGGCUAAGUGGCCUGACAGGAUCACACUUUUGCGUGGGAACCACGAGAGUCGACAGAUUACCCAAGUGUAUGGAUUUUAUGAUGAAUGCCAAACUAAGUAUGGGAAUGCAAAUGCCUGGAAAUACUGCUGCAAAGUGUUUGACCUCCUGACCGUGGCUGCUAUAAUUGACGAGCAAGUACUCUGUGUCCAUGGUGGAUUGUCACCUCAGAUCAAGACACUAGAUCAAGUACGAACAAUUGAGAGGAAUCAGGAGAUUCCCCAUAAGGGUGCCUUCUGUGAUCUUGUUUGGUCUGACCCUGAAGACGUGGAAACUUGGUCAGUAAGUCCACGGGGGGCUGGCUGGCUUUUUGGUGCCAAGGUUACCCAUGAGUUCAUGCACCUCAACAACUUGAAGCUGAUAUGCAGGGCACAUCAGCUAGUACAUGAAGGCUACAAGUACAUGUUUGACGACAAGCUUGUGACAGUUUGGUCAGCACCGAACUACUGUUACCGAUGUGGUAACAUUGCUGCUGUUUUGGCCUUCACGGACGUUAACACUCGAACCGCAAAGUUAUACCAUGCAGUGCCAGACUCAGAGCGUGUGAUACCACCCCGGAACACAACACCAUACUUCUUGUAGCACGGCUUGUGAUUUUGCACCUUUCUGUUUGGUCGUUGAUGUACUGUGCAACAUGCUGUGCUUAUCCGUAGGCAACCUGUGAAGCAGUGAGACGUCCAGUAAAUGGGAGGGCAGUUCUGCAUCAAUUCAGAGGAAUGGACUAUUUGUCCUGUUACCUGCCCUAAAUGUACCUUGCCAGAGAGCUUGGAGAUAAUUUUUUUUAUUCUUCAGUAUUUGUUUACACAAAAAAGUCAUUUUUUAAGUGGCAAUGCACGUGUAAAUCAUCACAUUUUGUGACUUUGUCACAAGAGGUCUGUGGCUGUUCUAAUUGAAGUAACCAUAGGGUGAGGCAUGUUUGUUUUAUGCAAUUUGGCAUGUUAGAGUGUAAUGAAGGUUGAGUUUGGCCAUUCCUAUGUGAUUAUGUGUUUGGAAGCCCUGUUGCUAUGGUUUCGCAUUGCUAUAUCGCAUUGAUUGGUUUUUGUCUUAUGCUGUGGUCAGCUUCUCUGUGGUGCCCAUUUCACUUUAUAUUUUAGUAGUCAGCAUGUGUGCUAACGUAUUCAUACUAGGGGGACGCAGAGUAAAGAAUUAGUUUAUUUUUUUCUUGGUUGUCCUAAAUAUUUAGAGUUUGCGUAUUCUGAUCCCAGAACACUUUUUGUUGGGAUCUGGCUGCAUAAACAGAACAUAAGUUUCCAUCAGCGUUGUUGCAAAAUAUUGUAGGUGUGCUUUACACAAGCUUACUGUUUUGAAAAUAGGUGAAGACAUAGUUUGUGUAUUUAAGAUUGUCUACAGUAUAGCUGUUUUGUUUUUGGAAAAAAAAUGUAAGGAUAUGACAGACCGUACGCUGAUUUUUGUCAUGCCCACUAUUUUUAUGUGAAUAUAUUGAAGCCUGGCUGCAAGGACUGGCAACAUUGCUCAUUACUUAAAACAUCACUUAGGACAGUUUGUCAGAUUCUCGUGCAAAUUUUAGACUUGUUUGCUUCUUGAGUAGUGUUGCUCACUCUAGACAUCCUUUUGAUGGCGUGAAAGCCCGAAUGAGCAACAUGUUUACAAGUGGCAUUUCGAUAGUCCUUGGUUUAGGUGCAAAGUAGUACAAUAAAUAGCUGUUUCAAGCACUGGUUUCUUGUUUGAUAGUUAAAAAUUGUGGUUUGUUUGUUGACCAUUAUUGCAUUGGUAAAAUAUUUCUGUGCAACUGGUGCAUGUGGACAUUUAUUGGAGCAUCAGAAAGCUGCAGGCGCUGCAAACAGAUCGUAAAUCACCUUCAUUUAAAGGUGUCCUGCAAUGCACAUAACCCCUUAAAAUACAUGGGACACGUGUCCCUGAAUAUGAAACACUUCUUGAUAAAUACAUUCUGCCCCUAGAAACCUGCUGGUGGAAAUUCGCAGAGCUAGUGAGCUUCUGUUAUUGAAAUAUUUUAUUUUGUUCAGCAACACUAACAAAAUGCUGACGAAGCUGUGGAGUCUUGCAGAAAGGGGCUCUUCACCACUGAUGAAUUAAGCUUUUUCUAAUCAAUAAAGCAAGAUAUGUGAAAUAUAAAGUGCAGUGUUUAAAAGAUUUUAACAAACCAAGCUUCGUGAAAUGGGUAUAAAUACUUUUUUUUUAGAGAAAGGGGCAUUGGGACGUGUGUCCCAAUGUACCGUGACAGAAUUCUGGAUGUCAUUUGGUGGCGCUCACUUGAGUGUGACAUUCUUAUGAUUUAAUAGCCACUUGAAUAAAUUUGUAUAUUUUGUGCCUUUAA